CCUCAGAUAUUGCCGAUAGCAGGAGAGCAGCUUCCACGGGGAGCGCGCAUCACAGUAAAACGCGCAGCAAAAAGAAUCAAAAGCCAUUCAAAAAAAUACAUAAAAACGAAUUCGUAGUACCUGAGAAAUAACAGCACAUUAUCAGUUUCUUGAAGUUCGAGAGAUAUUUUUCUAUCCAGCUUUAACCCACACGUUUGGAUCUGUGCGUGACAGCAAUUGGUGCGCAAGGAUUCUGCUCAGCCCAGCGAACUAUGUGAUGGUUCUCUUGAAGAGAUCUUCAGUUCCAUAGUGUACCUUCCAGUGGAUCAACCAUGAAGUCUGCACUGGACGGUGUGGCAGACACCACCUUCCGGACAAUAACCACAGGACUCCAGUAUCUGGGCUCCAACGAAGCCAGUUACAAUGAUGCCACCAUCGACAGCGACUUCGCCAAGGGCGGAUACCCUCUGCAGAAGCCGCUGUCUGCCUUUCGCAGUGACUCCUUCCCCGGGAAGAUCCCCGUGGAUGAGGAGCUCAUCCUCAAAGGCAUCCCCUUCUACCCAACCAACAUCACGGACCUGCUGGUCAACAGGAGCGGCGUGGCAGAAGGGGCUGGUGCCAUCCAGUGUGGGGAGAACUUCAUGGACAUGGAGUGCUUCAUGGUGCUGACCCCCAGCCAGCAGCUGGCGGUGGCGGUGAUGGCGCUAACGCUGGGCACCUUCACGGUGCUGGAGAACCUGGUGGUGCUGUGCGUUAUCCUGCACUCCCGCACGCUCCGCGGACGCCCCUCCUACCACUUCAUCGGCAGCCUGGCCGUGGCCGACCUGCUGGGCAGCGUCAUCUUCGUCUACAGCUUCCUGGACUUCCACGUGCUGCACCGCAAGGACAGCCCCAACGUGUUCCUCUUCAAGCUGGGCGGGGUGACGGCCUCCUUCACCGCCUCCGUGGGCAGCCUCUUCCUGACCGCCAUCGACCGCUAUAUCUCCAUCCACAAGCCACUGGCCUACAAGCGCAUUGUCACCCGCACCAAGGCCGUCAUCGCCUUCUGCAUGAUGUGGGCCAUCUCCAUCAUCAUCGCGGUGCUCCCCCUGCUGGGCUGGAACUGCAAGCGCCUCAACUCGGUGUGCUCGGACAUCUUCCCGCUCAUCGACGAGAACUACCUGAUGUUCUGGAUUGGAGUGACCAGCGUGCUGCUGCUCUUCAUUGUCUACGCCUACAUGUAUAUCCUGCGUAAGGCACACCGCCACGCCGUCCGCAUGCUGAGCCGCACCUCCCAGAAGAGCGUGGUGGUCUACUCCGCUGACGGCACCAAGGUGCAGACCACCCGGCAGCCUGAGCAGGCCCGCAUGGACAUCCGGCUGGCCAAGACACUGGUGCUGAUCCUGGUGGCGCUGAUCAUCUGCUGGGGGCCCGUGCUGGCCAUCAUGGUCUACGACCUCUUCUGGAGGAUGGACGACACCACCAAGACGGUCUUCGCAUUCGCCAGCAUGCUCUGCCUGCUCAACUCCACCGUCAACCCCAUCAUCUACGCCCUGCGGAGCAAGGACCUGCGCCACGCCUUCCUGAGCACCUGCAGGGCGUGCCAGGGCAGCGCCCAGCCACUGGACAACAGCCUGGAGUCCGACUGCCAGAACCAGAACCGGGGCGCCAAUGCCGCCGCUGCCGCCAGCAAGGCUGCCGAGAGCUGCGUCAAGACCACGGUGAAGAUCGCCAAAGCUACCAUGUCUGUCUCCACGGAAACGUCCGCCGAAGCGGUGUGAGCCACACCGCCUCCGUCGCCCUUAUGAAGGACACCCUCCCCUCCAUGCCCGUCAUACUCCUUCCGAGGGUUUGCCAAACUUUAGGACGAAUGAAAUCCAGUUCCCCCUGGGGGGUGGGGCUGUCCCACAUGACUUCAAAAAGGCAACUUAAUAUUUAAAAAAUAAAUAAAUAAAACA